AUGGGGUCGACCUCGGCGUCUCAGUCGGCGACGGUCAAGAUUGUUGCUCUCGAGGCCCAAUUUGGCCCGAUCCCAGAGUUUGACGACUUCAACGGCAAAUACGAGAUCACCAUCUACGAUGUGACGCCACGCAACGACGUCAAAGUUCUCAACGAGAGAAUUGGCGACGCUGACGUCGCCAUUAUUACCACCAUGCCCAUGACGGCGGCCACGUUGGCGCCCGAGGUGACACCCAAUCUGCGUGCCAUCAUGGUCAUGGCAGCAGGGACGGAUCAUAUCGACUUGGAAUACUGUCGGAAACGAGGCAUCCGAGUGCUGAACAGUCCCAGGGCAAACACGACCACUGUCGCCGAGCACGCUGUCGCCUUGUACUUUGCCGUGAGGAGGUGUGUCGUGCAGACCCAUGUACGGACAGUUCAAGAUCAGUGGCCGAAGCAUAGGACGCUGCUCAGCUCACUGCGAGAUAAAGACAACAGGCUACCGCUUGGACUCAAGGAUGAGGUUGCGGGUAUCAUAGGUUAUGGGGGUGUUGGCAAACACAUAGCAAAACUCUGCAGUGCACUCGGCAUGAGCGUGAUGAUUGCCGAUCGCAAAGCCAACAGUACACAAAAGCAUCAUGCCUCUCCCCCGGCGAGUACAAAUGGGUCGGAGGUGACACGUGCGUCCUUUGCAGAUGUCCUCGCCAAGUGCACUGCUAUAUUUGUCGCGGUGCCUCGACUGCCGACGACUCUCGACAUGAUCUCGGCGACAGAGCUCGCUACGAUGAAUGGGCGCGCAGUGCUCAUCAAUGUCAGUCGUGGAGGCAUAGUCAACGAAGCCGAUCUUGUGAGUGCGUUAAGGUGCCGCCAAAUCGCCGGGGCCGCUACAGACGUCUUUCUGACGGAGCCGGCGUCGACGGAGAACUCGGUUCUGCUCAAAGCCCUUGCGGAGGAAGAUGUCAAGAAGGACGAAGAGAAGCUCCCGUUGGUGGUGACGCCGCACACAGCGUGGUACAGUGAAGUGACCAUGGAGAAUCUCGUUGAAGAUGUGAGGACGAAUGUUGUUGGAUGGAGUCGUGGUGUCUUGCCGCCUGAGAAUCUUAUUGUGUGA